AUGAGUGCUACUUUAAACGCAUUCCCAACAUGGUCUCCUUCCACGCUGGCUACGUCAACUACUCUUAGAUCGAUUGAAACGACAUAUGCGUCUGGCCUAGCACUGACACUCAGUUCUGCACUAAAGAACGCUGAGACGAAGACAGGUUAUGAAUUGAUAUCCCUUUCACAAAUCAUAAGGGGUGCACAAGCUUCAUUGACAAUCAUACUGGCUGAAAAGGUUUUGGCUACAGCAACUGAAUCUUCUGUGAAGAGUGCUGCGACGCAGGCGAUAUUUGACGCAUCGGUCAAUUUGCAUAGCUUGGCCUGGGACGAGAACUUAUACGGAAUUAGGUUGAAUAGGCCUGGAAAUAUAAUUUAUUUUACUGUUUUCACAUUCGUUUUCUUUUACAUCGUAUUCAUGUUAAUUAAAUCAAGAUUUCAUUGGUACAACAUUACUUUUUUCUGUGGAUUUGCUCUUGAAUUUUUAGGUUUCCUUGGAAGAAUCUUAGCGUUCACAGAUGAUACUAACAUGAAUUACUUCUUGUUGCAAUUUGUUUCAUUGACUAUAGCUCCUGCAUUUAUCAUGGCUGGAAUAUACUUCUUAUUUGCACAGUUGGUCAUCAUCCAUGGAAGACAGUAUUCAGUAUUGAAACCGAUGUGGUACUCAUAUAUGUUCAUUGUGUCUGAUGUGGUUUCAUUGUUCAUCCAGGCAGCUGGUGGUGGUGCAGCAAGUGCAGCUACGAGCGAGAAUAGAGAUGCCUCAGGUGGUACCAAUACAAUGAUCGCGGGUAUUGCUUUUCAAGUAUUUUCAAUGUCAGUCUUUUUGUUGUUUUGGUUUGAGUUCAUUAACAGAAUAUACUUCAAAAAUUCCAACUUUGAGGAGUCGGGUUCAAAAUUAAGUAAGAGAUCACUUUCUAGUUUUUUCAAAUUGGUUUUGAACUUGAAGUCCGUGAGAGUGUAUAGGGAGGAAUACUUAGAGAAGUUUUACAAUGAUAAGUAUCGUCACAUCCGUCACAGAGUUUUAUUUAAUUGGUAUCCACUUGUUAUAACUUUGGCAGUUAUAUUUGUAUACAUUCGUUCAGUGUACAGGGUGGUAGAAUUGGCGCAAGGCUUUUCUGGAUAUUUAAUUGAACACGAAGUAUUUUUAAUGGUUCUAGAUGCACUUAUGAUUGCAUUGGCUGGUUUAGUGUUUAUUCCCUUCCACCCAGUCUGGGUUAUCGGUGCCGAUAAUGUGAUAAAAGUUAAACAUAUUAAGAAGAAUUUGGACGAGAAGGACGAAGCCACGGUAAGUGAAGCUGUUCUGGAAUAUUCGAGAUCAGACCUAGCAUAA